AUGGACCCUGAGUUCUAUAUUCCUGAAAAAGCCGAGAAGUGCUGGGCUGGAGAUCCGUACAUGCUUGAAAAAGCAAAAUCAUACGGAAUUCAAGCUAGGAAGCUUGGUGAUCGCCUUCGAUGGUCAACUGUGGGAAAUCAUGCCUGGAUGGACAAUGAAAUACCUCGCUGUGUCCCUAGAGUUUGCCUUUUCGAGUUAGAAGGAAGCUCUUUGCAAUCAAAAAAUCAGCCACAGCACUUUCAAUCCGCUCGCGACCUCCGCUUUUAUUUUAUGAAUUCUCGCGUCGACCAAAGCAGCUCGGAGACGCAAAAGAGGCUAAUCAUUUUGGAGGAUAUUGAUCCAAGAUUCGCAGAAUUACUUGGAGUUAUGCUUGAAAUCCCCCCCGCGUUUUUCAUAUCUCACUACCACAGAGAUAUUAACCUGAGACUAUUGGACAGAACAUAUGCCCAAACUAAAAAUUCGAAAUGCUGGAAGACCGCAAUUCCAAGGUGUUCGACUUUAGAUCUCUUAAAAGACGAUCAUGAGGAUUAUGAGGGCGAUUAUAACCUGUUUGCUGGAAACUUUUUCCGCAGACCAAUUUUGAAUGAAGAGAUGGGAGGCAUUCUUCAUUUUCAUAGUGUGAUGUCAUACUGGGGACAGCAGCUUGGUGACAGCUCGUGGACUACGGUUCUUCUUGUUGAUUCACCAAAAACCUACCUUCUACCCGCAAAGGCUCAUUUACAAGACCCUGCUCAAAACGCAAUCCAUCUCGUCAAUACUAGACCUAAGAACCCUUGGUAUCAGCAAGUUUUGUUGGAUCCACCCAAUUCCUACACUAUCGCGUCGAAUCGUGGAUGUAUGUAUGAUUUCCUUACAGCAGCACAUAAGGGAUCUGGCUAUGAAUACUCGGAAAACCCAUUUUCAGCAACGGUAUAUGCACGCAAUUUCGUACGCGCAGCGUGGGAAGUCAACGUAGCUCGUUUAAGUCAUUCUUCUUAUUUCUUUGUGUACGCUAGCCGGGAAAAUGACGGGUCGAUUGAGGACAUACAGCUCCACGACCGUAGGGUUGUUGAAGGAUAUCAAGAUUUGAUUUUUGAAAGAACAAAGAUCCGUUACGCUAGAAAAUGCGUUGUGCAAAUUGUGUCUGCAUUUCAGUGUGGACGGGUCUCUCCUUCUCAUUUUUCCAGCGGCAGGUGUCAGACAGAAAAAGCUAGUAACACAGAAGAGCUUGAAGAAGAGAGUAACAUUUGGAGAUUACUGGACAAAGAUCUCGAGAUCGUUGAGAUACAGAUCAAUCAGCAUAUGGAGGAGUACGCUCAACGUGCUGCAUUAAACGAAGCGCACGCAAAUAGACUUCAGACAUUCGAGGCUAACAAACAAACGAUGGCUGCUAAUAGACAGGCGCGAAGUGCUGGUCAAUUGACUAAAAUCGCGACAGCUGUGGUUCCCUCGACUGUCGUGGCAUCUAUCUUCUCCAUGGGCGGAGACUUCGCUGCAGGUGAAAAGCUCUUUCUGGUUUACUGGGCAAUUUCUUUGCCAGUAACUCUAGCACUACUUAUUUGGGUGUUGCAUGAGGAUAUCUCAAAAGCUUGGUCGAAGUUGACAGUCCGUAGAAGAUCUAAAGAAUAUGGAUCCGAUGACUCGGAAUCUGAAACUAGCGACAGUGAAUCAGACUACACCAGCUCGGAAUCUGGAACUAGCGAACGUGGUUCAGAGUAUGUAAACUCAGAAUCUGAGAUUAGCAACCGUGAAUCAGACGACAAAGGUUCAAAAAGAAAUUGGUUGAGAUUUUUGAGGAGACAAAGAAAAGGUGCUACAGUCGACGAGGAGAAAGCGACAGAGUCGCGUUCGAUUAGGGGAAGAUCAUUCCAAACAGCAAGAUCAGACUCAAUUAUUCCGGCAGACAACAUGUCUUUCGAAAUAAGAAGGCAAAAUACAAUUAGAUCGGAAGAUGGGUCUUUUAAAACAGCAAAGACCAAUUCACUUGCUGUAAGAGAAGGAUCUUCUAUUGUCUCGAAAGAUCAUAAGACGAAGAAAAGAAAUACCCUCUAA